GAGAAUCCUAUCGUUUGGAUAGACUUGGAGACCACUGGAAACGAGGUAUUCCGUGACACUAUACUGGAGAUCGCUGUGAUUAUCACAGAUCAGCAUCUUCGCGAGGCGCACCCUGGUAUCCAGUAUGUUAUCAAGACGGACGACCAGACUCUCAACAGCAUGCACCCAGAGUGCAUCAAGAUGCAUGCAGACUCCGGGCUGACUGCAGAGUGCAAGCAGUCUCCGCACACAAAGGAGUUUGUCCGUGAUCAAGUACUGGCAUACAUACAGGAAUACGUUCCGAAGUUCAAAGGUGUCAUCGGAGGAAGCUCUGUCCACUUUGAUAAGACCAUUCUCAUGCGCGAGAUGCCGCUUAUUACCGACUGGCUCAAGUACCAGUAA